AUGCGUGCCUGGAAGGCGGUGGCCAGCACGCUGGCGCUCAGCGGGGCCGAUGUGGUGGUCACCACGCUGCUCUACGCCCACGGCCGGGGCGGCCGGGAUGUCCUGCAGGACCUGCGGCACUUCAACAUCUUUAACUCACUGCUGGACAUCUGGGGGGGCUGCCUCUACCGCAGCUGUGUGCUGCUGGGGGCCGCCAUUGGGGUGGCCACCAACACGGCCUACGGCCCCCGGCGCCUCAGGGCAUCGCGGACCUUCAUCGCCGUUGUCUGCCUCCUCAUGGGUAUCUACAUGAUGGUGAAGCUGCUGCUCUACUCGGAGGUGCGGAGGACCAUCAGGGACCCCUGGUUCUGGGGGCUCUUUGCCUGGACCUAUGUGGCGCUGGCGGCCACCUUCGGGCUGUGGCAGCUGCUGGCCUGUGUCACCUCCUCCCGCGAGGCGCUGGGGCCCAGCUCCGAGUCCCGCGCCGAGGCAGAGGAGAGCUGUGACGGCGGUGCCCCAAGGGACAAGCGGGAGGAGGCGGCGGGUCCCACCAUCCAUAAGCUGCUGUCCUACACCAAGCCGGAUGCCUUCUUCCUGGGCAUUGCCUCCUUCUUCCUCCUCGUGGCCGCACUGGGGGAGACCUUCCUGCCCUACUACACGGGGCUGGCCAUCGACGGCAUCGUGGUGCAGAAGAGCAUGGACCGCUUCUCCACGGCAGUGCUGGUCAUGUCGCUGCUUGCCAUAGGAAGCUCAUUUGCCGCAGGUAUCCGGGGUGGUGUUUUUACGCUCAUAUUUGCAAGACUGAACAUUCGCCUUCGCAACUGCCUCUUCAGGUCGCUGGUGUCUCAGGAGAUGAGUUUCUUUGAUGAGAAUCGCACAGGGGAUGUCAUCUCCCGCCUGACAUCGGACACGACCAUCGUGAGCGACCUGGUCUCCCAGAACAUCAACAUCUUCCUGCGCAAUGUGGUGAAGGCCACAGGGGUGAUCUUCUUCAUGUUCAGCCUCUCCUGGAAGCUCUCGCUCGUCACCUUCAUGGGCUUCCCCAUCAUCAUGCUGGUGUCUGAUGUCUAUGGGAAGUACUACAAGAAGCUCUCCAAGGACGUGCAGAACGCCCUGGCCAAGGCCAACAACACUGCUGAGGAGACCAUCUCGGCCAUGAAGACCGUCCGCAGUUUUGCCAACGAGGAGGCAGAGGCGAACGUGUACUGGCAGAAGCUGCAGCAGGUGUACAAACUCAACAAGCGGGAGGCCAUGGCUUACACCUACUACGUCUGGUCCAGCGGGCUGACCCUCCUGAUCGUCCAGGUCAGCAUCCUUUACUACGGUGGGCACCUCGUGAUCUCUGGGCAAAUGACAAGCGGAAACCUGAUAUCCUUCAUCAUUUAUGAGUUCGUCUUAGGAGACUGCAUGGAGUCUGUCGGCUCUGUCUACAGCGGCCUGAUGCAGGGAGUGGGAGCUGCCGAGAAGGUGUUCGAGUUCAUCGACCGCAAGCCAACCAUGGUGAAUGACGGGUCGCUGGCCCCAGACCAUGUGGAUGGGAAGGUGGAGUUCAGAAAUGUGACAUUUUCCUACCGCACUCGCUCUGCAACGCAGGUUCUCCAGAAUGUGUCCUUCACCCUGCACCCUGGCAAAGUGACAGCGCUGGUGGGUCCUUCGGGGAGCGGGAAGAGCUCCUGUGUCAACAUCCUGGAGAACUUCUACCCUCUGCAAGACGGGCAGGUGCUGCUGGACGGGCGUCCCAUUAACAUGUACGAUCACAAGUACCUGCACUCAGUGAUCUCCCUGGUAAGCCAAGAGCCAGUGCUGUUCGCCCGCUCUAUUGCGGAUAAUAUUUCUUACGGCUUAACUUCAGCCUCCUUCGAGUCGGUUGUUCAGGCUGCCCAGAAGGCCAACGCACACGCCUUCAUCACGGAGUUACAAGACGGCUACCACACAGAGGCAGGUGAAAAAGGAGCCCAGCUGUCAGGUGGCCAGAAGCAGAGAGUGGCAAUUGCCAGGGCCUUGAUCCGAACCCCCCCCAUCCUAAUCCUGGAUGAAGCCACAAGUGCAUUGGAUGCGGAGAGUGAACAUGCGAUUCAGCAGGCGAUUUACGGCGACUUGCAGAACCACACGGUGCUUGUCAUAGCUCACAGGCUGAGCACUGUCGAGAAGGCACACAACAUCAUUGUGCUGGACAAGGGCCGCGUGGUGCAGCAGGGCUCGCACAAGGAGCUGAUGGAAGAAGGAGGCCUUUAUUCCAAGCUGGUGCAGAGACAGAUCCUGGGGUUGGAGGGAGGCGGUGCCGACAGUCGCCAACCCGCAGCCCGGGGGGAUUCAGCGAAGGCGCCCAGCGGGCUGGAGGAAGAGUUCAGGAUAGACCAUUCCCUGCCGGCCGUGGCACAGGACGAUUACAACACCACAGCUCACAAGUGA